CACUUUUCCUCUCUCCUACUUUCACACACAAACGCUCAGCCGCUGUCACAUGCUGCCGGAAUCUGUCAGAGUUUCUGUCUGAUUGUUUUCAGAACAGAAAGUGCUUCGCGAGGAGUGCGCAGAAACAAUGUGUCGCUCCCGUCCAACACUGAAUGGAUUAGCCGGCUAUUCAGAGCACUAAUGAGAUUACAGAGUCACAACAGACAUGGGUCCUAGUGGCAUGGUACCUUUUGUCGUGCUUUUUGAGGAGUCCUUUCCUUGUCAGUCCCUCAGAACUGGGAAUGGCGCUCUGAAAGUGAUGGAGGCGGACCCGGCGCAGGCGGAUGCCAGGGAAUAGACGCGCACAAAGCUCACUUAUGUUGGUUUCGUGGAGGACAAUAUGAAGUACCAGAAAUACAUAACAGUGAUGCAGAUGGCCAUGGGAGUGACAGCUUCCAACAAAGAUGACUGCAUCCCUCCGAAGAGACAGCUGUGGGUGCCACCUGAUUCAGAUGCCAAUGCUGCCUCUGCUGUGACACCACCUGCUGCGGCUGCAAGUCAGGGCAAACCAUCACUGCGCAGGAUCAAGGGCCGCAUCCACAGAAGCAAGAGCCUGGACAGUAUAGAUCUACUAGACUGCAAUAGUACAACAAUGGAGGAAACCGUAAUAUGGGAACAGCACACGGUGACUCUUCACAGGGCACCAGGUUUCGGGUUUGGAAUCGCCAUCUCAGGGGGCCGUGACAACCCUCAUUUCCAGAGCGGAGAGACCUCUAUAGUGAUCUCAGAUGUGCUCAAAGGGGGACCAGCGGAGGGACUUUUACAAGAGAAUGAUAGAGUGGCGAUGGUAAACGCUGUCUCCAUGGACAAUGUGGAGCAUGCCUACGCUGUUCAGCAGCUGAGGAAAAGUGGAAAGAAUGCCAAAAUUACUAUCCGCAGGAAGCGGAAGGUGCAGAUUCCUGUAAGUCGAGGGGGAGACAGAGAGACUAUGUCAGAGCGAGAAGAAGAGGACGACACUGAGGAGGAUGAUUAUGAGGGUCCCGCACGUGCAGGGGGAGCGAGUGGAGGCACGAGCAGAAGAAACGAGCGCAGCGGCAGCGCUGGAAGAAGGGACCAUAGUAAUUCUCGUGAGAGGAGCAUUUCCCCACGCUCAGACAGACGAUCAGUUGCCUCCAGCAUCCCAGCACGGCCUUCCAAAGUCACACUCGUCAAGUCCCGCAAGAAUGAAGAAUAUGGCCUGCGUCUGGCCAGCCACAUUUUUGUAAAGGACAUUUCUUCCGAGAGCCUCGCAGCCCGUGAAGGCAACAUACAAGAGGGAGAUGUCGUUCUGAAGAUCAAUGGCACAGUGACUGAGAACCUGUCUUUGAUAGAUGCGAAGAAGCUUAUAGAGCGAUCGAAAGGCAAGCUGAAGAUGGUGGUACAGAGGGACGAGAGGGCGACACUCCUCAACAUUCCAGAUUUGGAUAAUAGCAUUCCCUCAGCUAAUUCAGAAAGAGAUGACAUUUCAGAAAUUCAUUCACUACCAUCAGAUCAUUCCCAUGAGCGCAGCCGUCGCAGUCGAUCCCAUUCCCCUGACAAACGCUCAGAGCCCUCCGAUAUCUCCAGCCACUCUCCACAACAGAUGAGCAACGGCAGCCACAGGAGUCGUGAGGAGGAGCGCAUCUCCAAACCAACUUCUGUAUCCACUCCAGUUAAGAUCGCGGAGGAUGCACGUCUGGUUCAGCCCACAGAACAGGCCGGGGACAAACAGAUCCCUCCACUACCAGAGCCGAAACCUGUGUAUGCACAACCUGGGCAACCUGAUGUUGAUCUGCCAGUCAGCCCUUCUGACGCCCCUGUGCCCAGUGUCACCCAUGAUGACAGCAUCCUCCGGCCUAGUAUGAAGCUGGUGAAGUUUAAGAAAGGAGAAAGCGUAGGAUUGAGGCUGGCGGGAGGAAAUGAUGUGGGAAUCUUUGUGGCUGGCGUGCUGGAAGACAGUCCUGCUGCUAAGGAAGGCCUGGAGGAGGGAGACCAGAUACUCAGGGUUAACAAUGUUGACUUUGCAAACAUCAUUCGUGAGGAAGCAGUGCUGUUCCUGCUCGAUCUGCCCAGAGGUGAAGAGGUCACCAUCCUGGCUCAGAGGAAGAAAGAUGUGUAUCGGCGGAUAGUGGAGUCUGAUGUGGGUGACUCUUUCUACAUCAGAACACACUUUGAGUAUGAGAAAGAGUCUCCUUAUGGGCUGAGCUUUAAUAAGGGAGAGGUGUUCAGAGUGGUGGACACCCUCUACAAUGGCAAACUGGGCUCCUGGUUGGCCAUCCGCAUUGGGAAGAACCACCAGGAAGUGGAAAGAGGCAUCAUUCCCAACAAGAACAGGGCGGAGCAGUUAUCAAGCGUACAGUACACACUCCCCAAAACUGCAGGAGGCGACCGAGCGGACUUCUGGAGGUUCAGAGGUCUGCGCAGUUCAAAGAGGAACCUGCGGAAGAGCCGAGAAGAUCUGUCAGCUCAGCCUGUUCAGACCAAGUUCCCUGCCUAUGAGAGGGUGGUGCUUAGAGAAGCUGGGUUCCUGAGACCUGUUGUGAUCUUCGGGCCAAUAGCAGACGUGGCACGAGACAAACUGGCGAGAGAGGUGCCUGACCUGUUUGAGCUCGCAAAGAGUGAACCCAAAGAUGCCGGCACUGAACAGCGCAGCUCGGGGAUCAUACGCCUUCACACUAUCAAACAGAUAAUCGACCGGGACAAGCAUGCAGUGUUGGACAUUACUCCUAACGCAGUGGAUCGGCUGAACUAUGCUCAGUGGUAUCCCAUCGUGGUGUUCCUGAAUCCUGACAGUAAGCAGGGCGUGAAGACCAUGAGGACCAGACUGUGUCCUGAGUCCAGGAAGAGCGCCAGGAAACUCCAUGAGCGUGCACUCAAACUGAGAAAGAACAACCACCACCUAUUCACAGCCACCAUUAACAUGAACAACAUGAAUGAUGGCUGGUAUGGAGCGUUGAAGGAGACCAUUCUGCAACAACAGAACCAGCUGGUGUGGGUCUCAGAGGGCAAGGCGGACGGGGCACCUGGCGAUGAUUUGGACCUUCACGAUGACCGUCUGUCCUUUAUAUCCGCCCCUGGUAGUGAGUACAGUAUGUACAGCACAGACAGCCGUCACACCUCAGACUACGAGGACACUGACACAGAGGGCGGAGCCUACACUGACCAGGAACUAGACGAGACCCUGAACGAUGAGGUUGGACCGCCCACUGAACCCGCCAUCACUCGCUCCUCCGAGCCCGUCCGGGAGGACCCGCCCGUCAUCCAGGAACCUCCUGGAUACAGAGUGUACCAGCCUGAACCCCUGAACCGCAUCGACCCCGCAGGGUUCAAGGCCCCUGCCCCUCAGCAGAAAGCAGAGGUUGCUGUCCCCACGCAGCCUGCGCCGCUGGCAGAGACAGCGCCCCCUACUGUUCUUGUAAAUGUAGGGGCCAAGAGUGCCAAGGAUCUCCCAGUCACCCUCACUCAGGGGGAUUUCAGCCCAGAGGCUGGCUCUCUCUUCCCACCUGCCCCUGAGCUAGCUCAGCCCGCGUCUUUUGACCCCAACCAAUACGGACAACCCCGGUCUGAGUCUAAGCAGAUGUACAAGAAGGAUAUCUAUCGUAAAAAUGAGCAGAACCCUAUGCAGCCCAACUAUAACCCCCAGCAGCCCCGCUACCAGGAAGACAAGCCAUACAGAGAUUAUGACCACCAGCCCUACCGCUAUGAUGGGGGCUACAUGGAACCAAAGGCUCAAAACUUUGACCCUCAUCAACAUUAUGACAGCAGCGUGCCUCCGUAUGAUGACCAGUGGGCCCCGUAUGACCAAACCUCUGGAUAUGACCAUCGUAUGCCAUAUGAGGACGGUCUGAACGGCAUGUACGGUCAUCCACAGAUGCAACAUGACACUGGCUAUGAUGCCAGUCGACCUCGCUAUGGCAAACCCAGCCCCGGACCGAUUCGACAUGAUGAACUGCCCCCUGUGCACCCACAAUAUGACCAGGAAGCGCUGCCUCGUACUCAAGCUUCCUCCCGCUCCCCUGAACCCCCUAAACAACAGUACCAAGACCCAUCCCAGAGGCCUUCCUACACUCAACCACAACAGAGAGGCUACAAGAACUCCGAGACCUCUGUGAUCCCGCCCAAACCUGAGUCCAUCUCACCACCAGUGGAGCCAGCACUUCCUCCUCCUCCUCCAGCCGAUGCAGAGGAUGACCCAGCCUUGAAGCCCCGGUCCGUGCUCACGAGGGUUAAAAUGUUCGAGAACAAGCGAUCCGUGUCCGUGGACCGAGCAGGAGAGUCUGCAGACUCUGGUAUUCGGCCUGUGGACAUGGUGCCUAAACCUGGUGCUGCCUCCGUGCCCAAAGCCAAUUCUUUAAGUAACCUGGACCAAGAGAAGACCUCCAGAUCUCCAGAGGCACAGCAGCCUCAGCCUAAAGCAGCAGAUAUCAUUCGCUCAAAUGACAAUGACCCUGAUGAGGAUGAGGAGUACUACAGGAAACAGCUGUCCUUCUUCGACCGCCGGAGCUUUGACAGCAAACCUUCUGCACAGCUGCCACCUGUCAUCAAACCAGCCCAGCCCCAGACCCAACCAGGGUACUACCCCAGGGCAGAGUCAGCGGAGAAGAUCAACCCUGUUGCUCCAGCUACUCCAGCUGUCCCACCCCCGACCCUGCCCAAACCCACAGUGACCCCACCUCUCGACUCUCACGGAUCUCCCAAAGUGAAGCAUCCCAAUCAUGAAGACUCAGUCCAGAGCACCUCCCUGCCUCCGAAACGCUUCCCAGAGAAAUCUCCUGUUAACGGCACCGGUGAACCUCCAAAGACCAACAGCACUGCCACGUACAACUACAACCGUUUUGUGCCCAAGCCGUACACAACCUCUGCAAGACCGUUCCAGCAGAAGUUUGACAGCCCCAAGUUCAACCACAACCUCCUGCCUAAUGACUCUCAAAAUAAGACUGAUAAUGUGAAAGCUCCCGUCAGUACCAAACCGCAGAGCUCACCCCAGCCGGCAGACCACGACAGCGGCCUGGACACCUUCACCCGCACCAUGGACCAGAAACCCAAAUACCAGCAGAACAACAUCAACGCUGUACCCAAGGCAAUACCUGUCAGCCCGAGUGCUUUGGAGGAGGAUGAUGACGAUGAUGACAGCCACACGGUGGUGGCGACGGCACGGGGCAUCUUCAACAGUAACGGUGGGGUCCUGAGCUCCAUUGAGACGGGAGUGAGCAUCAUCAUCCCUCAGGGAGCCAUUCCUGACGGUGUGGAGCAAGAGAUCUACUUCAAAGUGUGUCGGGACAACAGCAUCCUGCCGCCUCUAGACAAAGAGAAAGGUGAAACUCUGCUGAGUCCUCUGGUGAUGUGUGGUCCUCACGGCCUGAAGUUCCUGAAGCCAGUGGAGCUCCGCUUACCUCACUGUGCGUCUAUGACCCCUGAUGGUGAUCCUAAGAGUUGGCAAAACAAAUCUGUCCCUGGCGAUCCCAACUACUUGGUUGGAGCCAACUGUGUGUCUGUGCUUAUAGACCAUUUCUGAGGAGGGCAACAGCAGGUCCCGUUACUGAAUGUGGAACCAGAUUAACGGAGAGAGGACCUUUCCCCUUAUGAACACACACACUCACACACACACACAAGAUGAAGGCGCUACGCAACACUAAAUGAAGGGUCUCCUGGCUGUGCCCUGGCUUUGUUUACGGUAACCUCUGAGUCUGGAGGGAGGGUUACAUUCUAUGAAGUGCUGUUUUAAUCUCCUCAUCGUCCUCUUGGUUUUUACUUCCUCCUCCUCCUCUUUUUUUUUUUUUUUUUAAGUGCUUUUAAAGGCUUUCGAGGAUAACAAAAACAGACAUUAACCAUUGAUGGACUGCAUGCUCUGUGCCACUGACCAACUAAUACUCACACUGUUAGCCAACUGUAAUAUUUUGCGACACAUUAAGUUGUGUUGUCUGUUUUUUUAAAGGACUUAUUAGGUUCUUCCAUUCAGUCUAGGCCUUGUAACGUAUAGACUAUAUUAAUCCGCAGAUGUAUUUUCACUUCAUAUGGUAUGCACACUAUAAUGUUAUAUGAUUCUAAUGUAUAGUGCAACUUUUCUAGAAUAUCGAAUUCCAGUUCUAGGCUUUUCGGUCGAGCAGCUGAUGUGUACAUCUGACUUUUAUCACUUCAAGGUGCAGGAUCAGUGCUAGUUAAGAGCAUAAAGAAAGUGUCGGAGAGGAUCUCGGCAUCUUAAGAAUAAAACAGGAUGAAGUUUUCUAGCCAAGGACGUGUCAACCUGAGGCUUGCCUUUUCUAAAUAGCUCCUUUGUAGACACCAUUAGCCUCCUCACAGACCUAUGAACUUGAGCACUGGAACAUUCCUGCUGUGUGGAGAUCUAUGCACAUGCUUUGACUCAGGUGUGAAGACCGCUGCUCUCUCCUUUCCCCUCUUUCUCUCCUCACUCACUCCAUCUCUCUCACUCACUCCAUCUAAAGCAGUGAUGCCUUAUCUGAAACGACACUUUUUUUCAAUAACAAAAACCUUUUUGGUUUCUUUUUGCUAAGUUGUUGUAAUGAUAAAUUAUGAAGAAACUGAAGUUGUGUUUCUGCUAUUUUUGUCAAGCCGCUGUACAAAUAAACCUGGGUGUUGCACACAAGAACAGCGUAAAGGAUAAGAACAGGUUUUCUCUUUUUAUCUGCUAUGCACAUGACCUUUGAAGAGAAACAAAUAAAAAAAAAGAUGGAAGGAGAUCAUUUGGCUGUACAUAAAGCAAGCAUAUUGCCUUCAUUAUUGGUUUGUAAAUGACUUUUUUUUUGUAUGUCUUUAUUUUGUAUAAAACUUAAGGGGGUUGCGUUUAUAAAAGAGGAUGAAUGAAAUGAAAACGGUUGUCUUUGUAUUCUGGUUCUUCUCUUGAGCCUCGGAACGUGUACUUGGUAAUAAUAUCACCUUUUCUACAGAUACACACUAAAUAUAAGCAUUUUUAAUAACCAUCUUUUUAUUCUUUAUUUACAAAGGAAAGUGCUUGAUGUAAACUAUUCUCAAAACCUGUUUCUUCUAAACGGUGAGCUCGAAAUGUGCCCCACGCAUUUAUUUGUGUUACUGGAUGCUAUGUUGUGUGUCCUGAAAUGUAUUUUUGUACUAAUAGACGAUUUAUUAUGGCACACCGGAACUGUUUUCUUUUCUUUAGACAGUAUAACACAGCUUUGACUGGUCAUUAGCUAUUCACAUGUGGCAGAGUUUGUUCCCUUUUCAGCAAUUUCCAGUAUGCCACUAUUAAAAAAUAAAAUACACGUUUUUAAAAUA